UGUCAGGCUGGUUAAUGGAGCCAGUCUGUGUUCAGGCAGACUGGAGGUGAAGUCCAACCAGAGGUGGUCCCCAGUGUGUGAAGAUGACUUUGACCAGCAGGAUGCAGAGGUGGUCUGCAGGGAACUUGGCUGUGGAGCUCCUUCAGUACUCCAGGGAGCUGUCUAUGAAGAGGUGGAGGCUCCAGUGUGGUCCAAAGAGUUCCACUGUGAAGGCCAUGAGUCUGCUCUCCUGGACUGUAGAAGCUCAGAUAGAAACACCUGCUCAUCUAGCAAAGCUGUCGGCCUCACCUGCUCAGAUCCUCCAGGAGAUAUCAGACCUGCUGACACAACCAAACAUCUCCUCUUUCUCCACUGAUGGGGUUUCCAGAGCCAAGCAGCAGGGGUUCCAGGUGCUCGAGGGCUCCAACUUCACCAUCACGUGCUCUAUCAAACCACACUUUCCAGGAGGCUCCUUCACCCUCACCUUCACCACCUCCAACACAGCGCAGAACUACACCCUGCCAGCUGUCAAUCACUACACCCACUUCCUGUUCUCUGCCGCAGACCACACCCACCGAGGGGAGUACCGCUGCGUUUAUCGCAUCUACUUUUUCGGCCUAAACUUCUCCUCUGAGAGCCAGCCGCUCCAUCUCACUAUUGGAGGUAACUUCACCAAGAAUCAAACUCAGAAAUCUGACACUGACUCUCUUAACAUCCUGACUUUACAGGAGUAAGUUUAUCCCAUUCAGAUGAAACAUGUAAAGU